GGCAAAACAAUCGAGGGUUAGGGUUUUAGAAUCUUAGAAAAGCGAGAGAGAGAGAGAGAGAAAGACAGCAACCAUGUUUUCUGGAAUGUUCAUGGAGAAGCCAGACAAAGCCGUGGCUUUGAAGCAGCUACGGACCCAUGUUGCUCUGUUCGGCGGCUGGGUUGUGGUUGUCCGUGCUGUUCCGUACAUCCUCUCGUAUUUCUCCGAUUCCAAGGAUGAGCUCAAGCUCGACUUCUAAGUCUCGAUUUUCAGUGUUGAAGAGGUGAUAUUUAGAUGCACUGUGAAGCAAUGCAAGACAUUGUUUUUGGCGUAUUUGCAAUUUUCUUUGGACUUGAAAUAACCAUGAUGUGAGACAUAAAAGUUAUUAUAGUGAUGUACUUUUGCUA